AUGUCGAAUAAACCUUGGAGCGCUCGCUCUCGCAUGUGCAAUGGUAACGACAAGACAAAACAAUCGCGGUCGCAAUCCAUCGUUUCGAGAGCUUUUCCCCCGUCGCAAUAUCCGCCAACCUACAUCGACAAGCACCCGCACGCUGCCGCCGCGAGGUCUUCACUUACCGCGUUGAUCAAAGACCUCAGGGCGCAGGAGCAAGACGUUCUCAGUCUGAGCAGCGCGCUCGAUAAAGAGCGUUUGGAGCAUGAGAAGCAUAUUGAAGACCUGGAAACAACUCACGCGAAAGAGCUUGCGACUGUUCACGAGAACUACGAUCGUCAACUUGCGCAGAUCGAAGUGCGUCACAGCGAAGAGCUCACGCGCGUCAAGUUGUGGUGUGUGAUGAACCAACCAAGGCCGAACGAAUUAUCACGGGUUCGCGAAAGACAGCGGAGGUCAGCAUUGGAAGCUGAGGUGGAGAAGACAAAAGAAAAGGCGGAGAUGCGACAUAGUUGGCAAGAUGCUAGAAUCCAGGAACUGGAGCGUGAGAACGACCAAGUCAAGCACCAACUGGCAAACUUGCAAAGGGAUUCACAAUGGAAGAACUGGAUGAAGACGAUAAUGUCAUAA